AUGGAUAUUAUCAACAACACAGAGGCAGAUAGAAGUGAAACUAACAAAGCACAUGCGGAAUACAUCAGAUGGCUAGAUAUGCAGGAGUCCUUAAACACUCAGAAGGCAAACAUAAAGUGGUUUGGAGAUGGAGAUAGGAACACAAGCUAUUUUCACAGUUUGCUCAGAGAAAAGAGGAGAAGACUUCAAUUGGAUAGGAUUAAAAAUCAUAAAGGAAAAUGGAUUCAAGGAGACGAGAAAAUUUCUAAAGCAGCUAUCAGACAUUUCAACGCCAUGUUUAACCUCCCUAUCUCCAAACUAGAUCCUUCUAUUUUGAAUUGCAUUAUCAAGGAAAUUACAGAAGAAGACAACGUACUUCUUAAUGCUAUUCCAAGUGAAGAGGAGAUUAGAAAUGCAAUAUUCAACCUGUCAGCCACCAGUAGUGCUGGGCCAGAUGGGUACAAUGGAUCCUUCUUCCAAAGAUGUUGGGACAUCAUCAAAAAGGAUAUCAUAGCCUUUGUUAUUGACUUCUUCCAAGGUAAGCCUCUGACUAAAUUCUAUACUCAUACUUGUCUUGUUCUUAUCCCCAAGAAUGCUGCCACUUCAUCUUUUAAUGAAUUUAGACCUAUUAGCCUUUCUAAUUAUACUAACAAGAUUAUCACUAAAAUCCUUUCUAUUAGGCUGAACCCUUUGCUUACUAAGUUAAUCUCUGCUAAUCAAAGUGAUUUUGUUAAGGAUAGACUCAUUACUGAAAAUGUUCUUUUAGCUCAGGAAAUUAUUAAAUCUAUCUCUAAUACUAAUAAAGGUGAUAAUGUUGUAAUGAAAUUGGACAUGGCUAAAGCCUAUGAUAGAAUAUCUUGGAACUUUGUCAUUGUUGUGCUUAGGAAAUUUGGUUUUGCGAAAAUUUGGACUGACAUGAUCUUUAAUCUUCUGUCUAGUAAUGGAUGUCCACACAUUAACCACCUAGCAUAUGCUGAUGACAUAGUUAUCUUUUCUGGUGGUAAUAGCAACUCUGUUAAUCUCAUUAUGAAUAUUCUUCAUAGUUAUGAAAAAAGCUCUGGUCAAAAGGUUAACAAGGAUAAAAGUUUUUUCUUAACUGCUCCUAAAACUAUUGCUAAAAAGACUGCCUAUUUUGAUGGCAUGGUUAACAGUAUUGUCAAGAAGCUUAAUGGUUGGCAUGAAAAAUUGCUUUCAUAUGGAGGAAAAGUCAUUCUCAUCAAGAAUGUGCUUCAAGCCCUCCCUACUUAUUCUCUUUCUGCUAUGUGUCCUCCAAAAGCCAUUUUUAAGCUUAUUGAGAAAUAUCUUGCCAAUUUCUUCUGGGGAUACUAUCGGAAUCAAAAGAAGUAUCACUAG